UAUAUAAAUUGUAGUAAAAUUAAUAAUAAUCUUAAUUUGCAUGCCAGACCUUUUUUAAUCUCUAACGGUCUCUCUAGUAGGAUAAAACAUUAAUCAUUUGACGUCUGGUAUGUGUUUAAAUGUUAAUUCGGUCAAAUUCAGGUCCUCAGAACAUCGUCUGACAUUCGCUGUUCACAAUGUCUUCGUACGAUUUGAGGUUGAAGGAUCUUGACCAAGUGUUAGAAUCAGAAGUGAUCGAUCUAUCAAAAUUGAGAGAGUUCUGUUUCAACGGUUGUUAUUGUAUCCCUGACGUUAAAGGUUACAGGUCGUUAUGUUGGAGGUUGUUGCUCAAUUACUUACCAUGCGAUAGAAAUAAAUGGGAUGAACAGCUAGACCACCAUAGAAAAUUAUACCAGCAGUGGUUAGAUGAAAUAUUAGUCACUCCGGGUUCAAUUGACAAUGAAGAAUGUGAUCAUCCAUUGAGUGAGGAUCCCAACAGCAAGUGGAACACAUUUUUUAAAGAUAAUCAAGCUCUUACACAAAUAGAUAAAGAUGUCAGGCGAUUACAUCCUGAAUUAUCUUUCUUCCAACAAGCAACUGAUUAUCCAUUACCUAUUGUUGUAUACAGUUGUGGUACUAAACGAUUAAACAGAAGAGUGGGUAUGCAUUUUCUAAAUAGUGCAAAUGUUGUACGAAAAGGUCUUGGUAUUGUUAAAAUAUCACAAAAAUCCGAACAAACUAGUACCUCUGAAUUCAAGCCACUGGAAGAAGGUUCUGAAGCCCAUUGGGAGGUGGUGGAAAGGAUAUUGUUUGUUUACUGCAAACUAAAUCCUGGACAGGGUUAUGUACAAGGGAUGAAUGAAAUAAUUGGUCCAAUUUAUUAUUGUUUUGCUACCGAUCCAAUUAUUAAAAUGAAAGAGCAUGCCGAAGCUGACUGUUUUUUUGUCUUUACUAAUCUUAUGUCGGAAAUUCGUGAUUUUUUCAUAAAGACAUUAGAUGAAACAGAUACUGGAAUUGUUAACAUGAUGCGUAAAGUAACAGACAGGUUGAAAGAAAAUGAUCCAGUUGUCCAUAGUUAUUUAGUCAAAAAUGAAAUUUACCCACAGUACUAUAGUUUUAGAUGGUUAACUCUGUUAUUGUCUCAAGAAUUUUCACUGCCUGAAGUCUUAAGGAUAUGGGAUUCACUGUUUUCUGAUUCACAGCGAUUUUCAUUUCUCAUUGAUAUAUGCUGUGCAAUGAUAGUUUUAAUCAGAGAUCAAAUACUGGCAGGAGAUUUUUCAACAAUCGUCAAACUAUUGCAAAAUUAUCCUAAUGUGGAAACGCGUGUUAUAUUGAAUAAAGCUGCAGAAUUGAGCGUUAAGAACAGAGAUGAGGAAUCAAGCGGAAUAUGAAUGGAUACCAGGUGUUUAGACCUUCAGCUCUCUGAGAAAUGAUCAAACAUUGUUUUGUGAUUUUUUUUAAAAUUUCUCAAUCACAAGUUUAAUUAUAUUUUAUUUAUUUUGCAUUAAGCAUUAUUUAUAUUUUAAGGUAUCUAAUCUAUCAAUAAUCUACUACUUGUUAAUAUUAUUAUUCUAUUUUUAGGACUUUUUGUCUAUAUUAUCUACAUAUAUUAACGUCUAUAUUAUUUUAUUCUCUAAGUGUUACAAAAUCAUUGUUUUUCACUAUUUAUUAAAAAAAUGAUAUUUUUGUUCUGUGUUAUUGCGAGAGUUUCAUUAAAUUAUUCCAUAUCUAUAAUGU